UCAUUCCAUAUUCCAAAUACCAACUACUUCAUGAGAAUGACGCUCAAUAAUUCCAUUGUUCGUGGCGAAACGCCAAAGCAUUUCGGGGUUUCCCCCUUUCACUGGAAACAACCAGUUUCCAAGGAUUCCCGAUUCCAGGAAACCCCGAGAUCCUAUAGCGUUUCCUGGUGGGAUGCUGACCUUGGAUGUGGAAUAGACCAUAGUUGAUCUCUGUUGCAGUAUAAAAACAAACGAACCGACCGAAUUACUAGAACAGUUCCAUCAACGACCACGCCGACGAUUGUUGUAACCAACAAUUCAAAUAUAAGUGAAUGAUUUUCCUUUGUAAGCUCUUGUUGGCGAUGGGCUUUUCGGCUGUAAGUGCCAUGCCGAAGGCAGCGGAGACCAUCCCUUCUAAUGAUAGAGAGCUACAAGGAUCAAUCGUAUUAAAUGACGGAGGCCAACGUCAAUCGUCUACCAAUAUCACUAUGAUCAGAGACAACCAAAGUUCCCAUUCUAUGGCCGGUUUUCAAAAAAACGAAAGUGGUGUUCCGGAAAACUCCCUUUUCGAAGGAUACGGUGGGCUUUUCGAAGGAUUCGGUGGGAUCACCAAACUACCAAGCCAAUCACCCAUCGAUAUCAUUACUGACGAAGCCAUCGACGCAGAUUAUGCUUCUUUUCAUUUCGGAAAUUACGAAAAGAUUUUUCCUCAGAGCUUAAAGAACACUGGAGAGACCGUCAAGUUGAAAAUUGAGACGGAAGAUUUGGAUAAAGAUAAUCUCCCUUUCAUUUCUGGUGGAGGCCUGUCCGGCCGUUACAAAUUCGAACAACUUCAUUUCCAUUGGGGUGAAGGCUCGCGGGGUAGUGAGCACAGAAUUGAUGGCAAACAAUAUGCUGCCGAAUUGCACAUCGUUCACUACAAUUCUAAAUACGAAAAUUUUAUAGAAGCUUCUGGCGAAAAGGGUGGAUUGGUGGUUCUAGCCAUCUUAAUUAAGUUGCAAGCGAGAGACAACAAAGUUUUUCGUCAUCUUCAACAAUUUGAAGCAAUAAUUGAUCCUACUGAGAACGAUAGCGAUAAAUUAGAUGUUCCUUUCCCACUGGAUGAUCUUCUUCCCGAUAGUACUGAAAGCUUCUUCCGUUACAAUGGAUCGUUGACCACACCAGUGUUUACUGAAGGCGUCAUCUGGACAGUUUUUGAUACUCCAAUUGCCAUUUCGAAAGGCCAGUUGGCAAAAUUUAGAUUACUUCUGGAUAUGCAAGGAAACCGGAUAAAAGAAAAUGCACGGGAUGUUCAGGAUGUGAAUGAUAGAGAGAUAUUCUAUCGUGCGGAGCAAAAUGCAGAUGACAACGACUUACCAGAUGACGACGAGCGACUAAGUCGUGAUCCCUAGUGACAAGUGAUCUGGGUUUUGAAGGAAGAGUUCAAAACUGCUCCUCAUUUUCGAAUUGCGUUCUCAGAAUCAAAGGAACUAGGAAGUUAAAGAAUCUGCUUCAUAGAAAAAUUCAUGUGUACCUAUUUUGUGACAUUUUCAUCACACGUUUCCCUUCUCUAGUUUUUCUAACAAACUAUGGAAGAUUCUCAUGAAGCGUUUUUGUACGGCUGCGUAGCGUAAGAACGUAUUCUCACAGAUAAAAAUGUUCACAAGUAAAAUUCCACUAAUAAAAUUGAUCAUUGGCA